AUGAGGAUUCCGAGGAAUGUACCACUGCCAGAGUCGAGGGGAAGAGAGGAUGCAACAUCUACAUUCUUCCAGUUUGGAGCUUCCAUCACUCAGCAGGCUACCGCCAUGCUUAGCAUUAUGGUGGAAUAUGACUGGCAUGUAUUUUCUAUUAUAACAAGCACUUUUCCAGGAUAUCGAGGCUUUAUAAGUUUCAUAAAAAACACAGUGGACAAUAGUUUUGUGGAUUGGGAAGUGCAGAAUGUAAUUACUUUGGAUGCAUCAUAUACUGAUGCACAAACGCUAAAUCAGCUGAAGAAAAUCCAUUCUUCUGUUAUACUCCUUUAUUGUUCAAAGGAAGAAUCACUUAAAAUUUUUGAAGAAUCUCGGUCCCUUGGCCUUAUGGGAUAUGGUUACAUUUGGAUUGUACCCAACAUAGUUGUGGGGAACAAAGAAAUCAUACCAUUCGAAUUUCCUUCUGGAUUAGUUUCUGUAUCUUAUGAUGACUGGGAUUAUAGCCUGGAAGCAAGAGUAAGGGAUGGCCUUGGAAUUAUUACUACAGCUGCAUCAGCAAUGUUGGAAACCUAUUCAUCAAUACCUGAAGCCAAAACGAAUUGCUAUAUUGAAGAUGAACGCAAUGAAAUGCCAGCUCACACCCUUCACGAAUUUAUGGUCAAUGUGACUUGGGAUGGCAAAGAUUUGUCCUUUACGGAAGAUGGUUAUCAGGCAAAUCCAAAAUUGGUUGUUGCAUUGCUUAACAUGGAGAGGGAGUGGGAAAAGGUGGGAAAAUGGGAAAACAAAAGCCUGGAUGCAAAAUACCCGGUAUGGCCCAGAAUUUCAGGUGCUUUGGACAUUGAGCCUGAUGACAACCAUCUCAGUGUGGUUACAUUAGAAGAGGCACCAUUUGUGAUUGUUGAAAACAUGGAUUACCUGACAGGAACAUGUGUAAGAAAUACUGUGCCAUGUCGUAAAUACAUCAGGAUAAACAAUUCAACGACUGAGGGGACAUAUGUGAAAAAAUGUUGUAAAGGAUUCUGCAUAGAUAUCUUGAAGAAACUAUCAAGUACUGUGAAAUUCACAUAUGACCUUUAUCUCGUAACUAAUGGGAAGCAUGGAAAAAAAAUCAAUAACGUUUGGAAUGGAAUGAUUGGUGAAGUGGUUUACAAACGAGCAGUUAUGGCAGUGGGUUCACUCACAAUCAAUGAAGAGCGUUCAGAGGUUGUUGAUUUUUCAGUUCCAUUUGUCGAAACUGGAAUUAGUGUUAUGGUAUCACGUAGCAAUGGCACCGUUUCUCCAUCUGCUUUUCUAGAACCGUUUAGUGCUUCUGUCUGGGUGAUGAUGUUUGUGAUGCUUCUCUUGGUUUCCGCAAUGGCUGUUUUUAUAUUUGAGUACUUUAGUCCAGUAGGAUAUAACAGAAACUUGGCACAAGGAAAAGCACCACACGGACCUUCAUUUACUAUUGGAAAAGCUGUCUGGCUUCUUUGGGGUUUGGUCUUCAAUAAUUCUGUACCUGUACAAAAUCCAAAAGGCACAACCAGCAAAAUCAUUGUAUCAAUUUGGGCAUUCUUUGCUGUGAUUUUUUUGGCAAGUUACACUGCCAAUCUAGCUGCCUUUAUGAUUCAAGAAGAAUUUGUAGAUCAGGUGACUGGACUUAGUGACAAAAAGUUUCAACGAUCAUAUGAAUAUUCACCCCCAUUUCGGUUUGGUACAGUCCCUAAUGGAAGCACUGAAAGAAAUAUUAGAAAUAAUUAUCCUGAAAUGCAUCAGUAUAUGGUGAAGUUUAACCAGAAAGGAGUGCAGGAUGCCCUUGUCAGUCUAAAGACUGGAAAGUUAGAUGCCUUCAUCUAUGAUGCAGCAGUUCUGAAUUACAUGGCUGGAAGGGAUGAGGGUUGCAAGCUUGUAACAAUAGGCAGUGGCUAUAUUUUUGCCACAACAGGUUAUGGGAUUGCCCUCCAAAAAGGUUCUCGGUGGAAACGGCCUAUUGAUUUAGCUCUUCUUCAAUUUGUUGGAGAUGGUGAGAUGGAAGAACUAGAGACUUUGUGGCUCACUGGCAUCUGUCAUCAUGAGAAGAAUGAAGUGAUGAGCAGUCAACUGGAUAUUGAUAACAUGGCAGGUGUUUUCUACAUGCUAGCAGCAGCAAUGGGUUUGAGUCUGAUUACCUUUGUCUGGGAGCAUCUAUUUUACUGGAAGCUAAGAUACUGCUUUACUGGAGUUUGUACAGAAAAACCAGGAUUAUUGUUCUCCAUAAGUAGGGGUAUUUACAGCUGUAUUCAUGGAGUGCAUAUAGAAGAGAAAAGAAAAUCUCCAGAUUUCAGUUUUACUGCUUCUCAAACCAACAUGUUAAAGUUGUUGAGAUCAUCAAAAAACAUGGCUAAUUUAAGCAAUCUAAAUUCUUCCCAAUGUAAUUCUCCCAAAAGGGCAACUAAUUAUAUUCCAAGAGGGUCUCUGUUGAUGGAUAUGGUCCUAGACAAGGGGAAUCUAAUCUAUUCAGAUAACAGACCUUUUCAGCAAAAAGAGAUGUAUAUUGAAAAUGCACAUGAUCUCUCCAUGAUACCUAGCAACCGCCAUAAGGACAAUCUUAACAAUUAUGUCUUUCAAGGCCAACACCCCUUAACAUUAAAUGAAUCUAAUCCCAACACAGUUGAGGUUGCAGUCAGUGCAGAACCCAAAGCAAAUUCAAGACCAAGGCAGCUUUGGAAAAAGUCAGUAGAGACUUUAAGGCAGAAUCAGGGUUCAAUCAAUGAAAAUGGAAAUGAAGAGCCCAAACCAUCCAGCAAAAACAAGCACUUUCUUCCAGAAGAUGGAAAUUUUUCUGAUGCAUCUGACACAUCAAGUAGAGCAGCCUGCCAGGUAGACCCUGAAAGCAAUGGCAAAUCUCACAAGAGUAAGGAUAACCUAAAGAAACGAUCCAUAUCAAAAUAUCCUAGAGAUUGUAGUGAGGUUGAGCUGUCUUAUUUGAAAAAUAAACAAAGUUCUGGUCGUGAUAUAAUCUACACCAUCAAUGGAGACAAGGAACCUAAUUUCAUGGUGGAGCAGGCUCAGUAUGAUGACAAUGUCCCUGCUAAAGAGGAAGAAGAUUACCCUGAGGUGUAUCAAGAUCACAAUGACAAUUACAAAAAGUCAGAAUCUUCUCUUCAUAUUAAUAGGACUCCUUUGCACAAUGAGGACAGUCUUCCAAACAAUGAUAUUCAGUACAAAUUAUUUAAUAAACAUUAUAGUUUAAAAGAGAAGAAUGCAUCUAUGACAGAAGUCAAUGACAGACAUAGACAAAAUUUGACCCACUGUCGAAGCUGUCUUUCUAAUGUACCCAGUUAUACUGGUCAUUACUCAACCAGGUCCCCUUAUAAAUGUGAUGACUGCCUACAUAUAGGAAACCUUUAUGACAUUGAUGAAGACCGAAUGCUACAUGAGACAGCUAACUCUAUCCAUUCUGAAGAUGUUUUUGAGCACAACUGGAUCGAGAACAAUGCUCUACAAUUUCAGAAGAAGAACAAGUUAAGAAUCAACAGGCAGCAUUCUUGUGAUAACAUAAAUAAGCCCAGGGAGAUAGACAUUGAGAGACCAUCCCGUAGCAUAAGCUUAAAAGAUAAAGAACGAUAUCUGCAAGAAAGCCCUAUUGCUAACCUCCUUAUUGUUCCCUCAGAAAAACUAUUGGGAAAUAAGACUCCACUUUAUACACACUCUUUAAAGGAAACCAAGCGAAGCAGAUCCCUUUACCCAGAUAUUUCCUCUGAAUUGUUCCUGCAUUCUUUUCAGGAGAACCAAAACCUGAGUCAUGGACAGAGCACCUCUGACAUUUAUAAACAAUCAACAUCAUUUAAAGCAAGAAGUGAUAAUUAUUUAAGGUCCUCUAUUAAAUCUACCACUUCAUAUUCCUCAAGGGAUGGACGGGUACCCAAUGACAUGUGUGUUUCAGAAUAUGUCAUGCCUUAUGCUUCAAGCAAGAAUAGUAUAUGCCCAACUCCAAGGGUUGUAAAUUCCUGCAGCAAUAGACGUGUAUUUAAGAAAAUGCCUAGUAUUGAAUCAGAUGUUUAAAUGUUUACUGUAUGUACCAUGACUUGCACGAAAUGAAAAAGGAAAAAAAAAAUGGUAUAGCUGCCAACAGAAACCAAGACUCAUGAACAAUGCUUAGGAAAAGCAGUGUUAGCUUUCUCAGUAAAUAAUAUUCCCAGGGCUUCCUCUGAUCCCAGUCUA